AUGGAUAAAGAUACAGAUGAGGCUAAGAGCCUUCGUAAACCUUACAGAUUUAUGAUUAAGUUGAGAAAUCAUUUUUGGUAUCGAUGGAGAAGAGAAUAUUUAACGAAUUUAAGAGAGAUUCACAAAGGAAAGGGUAAGGUGAAAGGUUCAAUUGCAAAGGUUGGAGACGUUGUGUUAGUUUAUGAUGAAGGAUUAAAGCGUGGCUUUUGGAAGUUAGUUGUUAUGGAGAGGUUGGUUAAGGGUAAGGAUGGGGUCGUUCGGGGUGCAACUGUUAGAAUGGUUGAGAAGGGACGAUCAAGGGCUUUAAACAGGCCACUGCAAAAGCUGCAUCCCUUGGAAAUAAGUGAAGAAUGUUUGAAUGAGGUUGAGACACGUAAAAAUAAGGCUUGUAAAGGUGAAUCUAGUCAGGUUGGCGAGGAAGCAAGGCCACGAGUAUUUCGUCGAGCCGCAGCGUUGAACUCUCUAAGUAGAAAACCUCAGCAAUGCUUGAACCAUAAGUGUUCAAGGAGGGGUGUGUGUGGGAUAUUGCAUUCUUUUGAACUUAGCAAUAAAAUUGUCGUAACUAUGUUAGUUUCACUUUAA